UUCUUCAUCAUUCUUCCUUUUCCUAGGGCAUAUGCAGCCAGCAAAGAAUCACAUGCCACCUUGGUGUUUCAUAAUCUGCUGGGUGAGAUUGACCAGCAAUAUAGCCGCUUCCUGCAAGAGUCAAAUGUUCUCUAUCAGCACAAUCUGCGAAGAAUCAAGCAGUUCCUUCAGAGCAGGUAUCUUGAGAAGCCAAUGGAGAUUGCCCGAAUUGUGGCCCGGUGCCUGUGGGAAGAGUCCCGCCUCCUCCAGACUGCAGCCACUGCAGCCCAGCAAGGAGGCCAGGCCAACCAUCCCACAGCUGCCGUGGUGACGGAGAAGCAGCAGAUGCUGGAGCAGCACCUCCAGGAUGUACGGAAGAGAGUGCAGGAUCUAGAACAGAAAAUGAAAGUGGUAGAGAAUCUCCAGGAUGACUUUGAUUUCAACUAUAAAACCCUCAAGAGUCAAGGAGACAUGCAAGAUCUCAACGGAAACAACCAGUCAGUGACCAGGCAGAAGAUGCAGCAGCUCGAGCAGAUGCUUACGGCGCUGGACCAGAUGCGGAGGAGCAUCGUGAGUGAGCUGGCGGGGCUUUUGUCAGCGAUGGAGUAUGUGCAGAAAACCCUCACGGAUGAAGAGCUGGCUGACUGGAAGAGGCGGCAGCAGAUUGCUUGCAUCGGGGGCCCUCCCAACAUCUGCCUAGAUCGUCUAGAAAACUGGAUAACCUCAUUAGCAGAAUCUCAACUUCAGACCCGCCAACAAAUUAAGAAACUGGAGGAGUUGCAGCAGAAAGUUUCCUACAAAGGGGACCCUAUUGUACAGCACAGACCGAUGCUGGAGGAGAGGAUUGUGGAACUGUUUAGAAACUUGAUGAAAAGUGCCUUCGUGGUUGAGCGGCAGCCCUGCAUGCCCAUGCAUCCCGACCGGCCGUUGGUCAUCAAGACCGGUGUCCAAUUUACUACUAAAGUCAGGUUACUGGUCAAAUUCCCCGAGUUGAAUUAUAUUUUAUUAACAAUGGUCUGUGUUCUUAACAGAGACUCUGGGGAUGUUGCAGCUCUCAGAGGAUCCCGGAAAUUUAACAUUCUGGGCACAAACACAAAAGUGAUGAACAUGGAAGAGUCCAACAACGGCAGCCUCUCUGCAGAAUUCAAGCACUUGACCCUGAGGGAGCAACGAUGUGGGAAUGGGGGCCGAGCCAAUUGUGACGCCUCCCUAAUUGUGACCGAGGAGCUGCACCUGAUCACCUUUGAGACUGAGGUGUAUCACCAAGGCCUCAAGAUCGACCUAGAGACCCACUCCUUGCCAGUUGUGGUGAUCUCCAACAUCUGUCAGAUGCCAAACGCCUGGGCGUCAAUCCUGUGGUAUAACAUGCUGACCAACAACCCCAAGAACGUGAACUUUUUCACCAAGCCCCCAAUCGGAACGUGGGACCAGGUGGCCGAGGUGCUGAGCUGGCAGUUCUCCUCCACUACAAAGCGAGGGCUGAGCAUUGAGCAGUUGACUACGCUGGCGGAGAAACUCUUGGGACCUGGUGUGAACUAUUCAGGGUGUCAGAUCACAUGGGCUAAAUUUUGCAAAGAAAACAUGGCUGGCAAGGGCUUCUCCUUCUGGGUCUGGCUGGACAAUAUCAUUGACCUUGUGAAAAAGUACAUCCUCGCCCUUUGGAAUGAAGGGUACAUAAUGGGCUUCAUCAGUAAGGAUCGGGAGCGGGCCAUCUUGAGCACCAAGCCCCCAGGCACCUUCCUGCUAAGAUUCAGUGAAAGCAGCAAAGAAGGAGGAGUCACCUUCACCUGGGUGGAGAAGGACAUCAGCGGUAAGACCCAGAUCCAGUCGGUGGAACCAUAUACCAAGCAGCAGCUGAACAACAUGUCAUUUGCUGAAAUCAUCAUGGGCUAUAAGAUCAUGGACGCUACCAGUAUCCUCGUGUCUCCACUGGUCUAUCUGUACCCCGACAUUCCUAAGGAGGAGGCAUUCGGAAAAUAUUGUCGGCCCGAGAGCCAGGAGCAUCCUGAAGCUGACCCAGGUAGUGCUGCCCCAUACCUGAAGACCAAGUUUAUCUGUGUGACCCCAACGACCUGCAGCAAUACCAUUGACCUGCCGAUGUCCCCCCGCACUUUAGAUUCAUUGAUGCAGUUUGGAAAUAAUGGUGAAGGUGCUGAACCCUCGGCAGGAGGGCAGUUUGAGUCCCUCACAUUUGACAUGGAGUUGACCUCGGAGUGCGCUACCUCCCCCAUGUGAGGAGCUGAGAACGGAAGCUGCAGAGAGCUAGGACCGAGGCGCCUACCUGUGUUCCGCCACCCCUUACACAGCCAAACCCCAGAUCAUCUGAGACUCCUCACUUUGUGGUUCCAGAUUUUUUUUUUUUUUUAUCUCCUACUUCUGCUAUCUUUGAGCAAUCUGGGCACUUUUUAAAAUAGAGAAAUGAGUGAAUGUGGGUGAUACGCUUUUAUCUAAAUGCAAAUAAGAAUGUGCUGAGACCGUGAUCAGGGGAUGUGGAAGGGGGUGGCUGAGGGGGAAAAGGAAAUGUCUUGUGUUUUUUGUUCCCUUGCCCUCCUUUCUCAGCAGCUUUGUGUUGUUGUUGUCAGACAAGUGCCUCCUGGUGCCAGUGGCAUCCUUCUGCCUGUUUCUGUAAGCUAACGCCACAGGCUGCCUGUAGCUACAUACUCCUGGCAUUGCACUUUUAACCUUGCUAACAUCCAAAUAGAAGAUAGGACUAUCUAAGCCCUAGGUUUCUUUUUAAAUUAAAAAAUGAGAGUAAUUAAAGGGCAAAAAACAUUGUA